UUUGCAAGUCACAAUGGCCGAAGGCACUGAACUGUUUCAGUUUUUCUAUUUCAAGUGAUACAUUUUCUUUUCUUUUUUCAAGUGCUCACACUACAAUUUUUUUGUUCAAAUUUGUAUGUGAGCACGGUUGGAUGGCCGGCUCCUCUAUGAGUGACCGGACAUUAGUCCAGAUCGAUUUUCGAACAAAUAUCGUGUCUGUUUACGGGUCCGUGUUGGAGAUGCCCCCUUCCUGUUUUCCACGUAAACUGGAUAAAUCUCUCUUUUGAAUUGAGAUCAAUAUACAGGUGGGAAUUCCUUCCCUGGUGAGUGAUUAAAGAAAAACAUUCAGGAGUUGAUCGCUUAAAUGUAUUGGAUCAACACCUGGGCCAGAUCUGCAAACACAUGAAUGUGGCGGUUGCCGACCUGCCCUGCUCUGCCCUAGAUACGUUCGUCUCGCACACAGAGUCAACACGCGCAAACAAAGUCAACACUCAAAACACACACACACACACACACACACACACACACUCUGCAGCUUGUACAUCAAACUCACCUCACCUAUCAGCUAUGCAUGCAUGCAUGCAUCACAUUCACAUCAGAUGCAGCACCAACGACACAACAUGCUUACCUUCGACAUGCGUACGAGCAUGUACUAUGUUCUUCUCCUGCAGCUCGUGCUCGUGGGCGCCAUUGCCCGCCGCGGCGUCGUCGGAGCCCUGGACGUGGGUUACUACGCCGCGACGUGCCCGGACGCCGCGGCGACGGUGCGGCAGGCCAUGGAGCUGCAGUUCUACAACGACCGCACCAUCGCCCCCGCCAUCAUCCGCAUGCUCUUCCACGACUGCUUCGUCAGGGGCUGCGACGCGUCGGUGAUGAUCGUGCCGACGGCGGGGCGGUCGUCGGAGCGGGUGGCGAUCCCCAACCAGACGCUGCGGGGCUUCAACAUCGUCAACCGGGUCAAGAAGGUCCUGGAGUCGGCGUGCCCGGGCGCGGUCUCCUGCGCCGACACGCUGGCGCUCAUGGCGCGGGACUCCGUCGCUCUCCUCGGCGGCGCCGCCUACGACGUCCCGCUCGGCCGCCGCGACGGGCUGCAGUCCAACCCCUGGGAGGUGGACCUGCCGGCCCCCUUCGCGCGGCUCGACGACGCGCUCGGCGCCUUCGCCGCCAGGGGCUUCUCGGCGGAGGAGACGGUGGUGCUCUUCGGCGCCCACACCGUCGGCGCCACGCGCUGCUCCCACUUCCGCUACCGCCUCGCGCACCCGGACGGCACCAUGGACGAGGCGCUCCGGCGCGACAUGGCCGAGGCGUGCGGCCUCGCCGGCGGCGACCUGCCGCCGGGCGACGACCCCACCGCGUUCCUCGACCAGGACACGCCGUUCGCCAUCGACAACGCGUGCUACGGCCAGAUGAUUGGCAACCGGAGCCUCCUGCAGCUGGACCAGGAGGCCGCCACGCACCCCGCCACGGCCGGCCACGUCGCCUACUACGCGGCCAGCCCCGACGCGUUCGUGCGGCGGUUCUCGGAGGCCAUGGCCAAGCUGGCGGCCGUGGGCGUGCUCGAGGGGGACGCCGGCGAGGUCAGGAAGGUGUGCAGCGCGUACAACAAAUGACACGUACGUACGCGGCCAGUCGAUCAAGUUCCUGGCAGAGAAAUUGCUGGAGUAGU